AGCGCGGGGCGCGGGGCGCGCAGGCGCGGCAGCCGCCAGUCUCGCGCCGAGCGCCCUCCGACGCGCACGUCCGCGCGCCCGCUCGCCGCAGUCAGCUGAUCGGCCACAUGCCGUGAGUCCCGUCAUGACGGGCUACGCCCGCAGCGAGGCCGAGUUCGCCGCCGGCUACCGGCGCGACGCACGGCCCGCCUCGCUCGCCCCCAAGGAUUACUCGGUGCCUUUACACGUAGACUGCAGUAUCGAAUACGAGCUUCCCGACUGUGCCAAGCCGCCGCAGGGCGUGAAGAUAGAGCCGCUGCUCAUGAUCCACCCCUCGCAUUUCCGGAGGCUCGAGAGUUUGCGGCGGGUGCCGUUCGUGAACAACCUGCCGCGGGAUGCGGUUCAUGCGGUGACCGCUAGUGUGGCGGCGGCGGCGCCGGCGAGGCGCAUGGCGCGGCCGCCGCGGCGCUGCUGCCGCGCGGCGCCGGCGCCCGCCGUGCCGCCGCCGGCGCCCGCGACCGCGGCACGAGCCAGGGCCGUCGCCGUCGAGGAGCCGGCGCCCUGCUACCGCUUCGACAGCUACGCGCUGGAGGCCGGCAAGCUGAGCCGCGCGCGGCUGAAGGCGCACCCCUACUUGCCGGUGGACUGUGAUAUGGCGCGGCUGCCCGCGCCCUACGAGCGCUUCGACAAGCGCGCGCUGCAGCAGCUCCCGAUCUACAUGUAGCCGCUCCGGCCCCUGUGAUGUUCCCUUGUAUAGUUUAGUGAUAAGUGUCGUGUCGAGAACGAACCAUACCAAAUAGUACCUAUGUACGUUAUUGUUUAAACGUUGAUUUGUUGUGUUUGCCGGACGGUUGCGGACCGCCGCCCGCGGACGGUGCCCGCGAACGUAUUUAUUCGCAAAACUGAUGCUUCAUGAUUAAAUUAUUGUACCGUCGCCGAUUCGUUGCGUAAUUCUGUAUAAGAUAUCAUAUCGAUAAUUAUAUGUUCAAAAAUUGUAUUAUAAUGAAUAUGUACCUAUAGAGUAAAAAAUGAAAAGUGAGAAAAAUAUUACGAAUAAAAACUAGGAAUAGUUAUGUUUUGGAAUAGUUGAGUUCUAGAACAGUCCCGAGUGGCACUAGGAACGUAUCUCUCUCAUUUGUAAGCAGUUAUGUUUGUUGAAAUUAUAUAUAAAGAGUCCUCUGAAGAAUAGUCUGAUUAACAAAUAUUCGGCAUGUAAAAGUCUUUAUAAAACGCUUACCUAGCAUAUCAUAGUAUUAUAUUGUGUCAUAGUCCAAUGCCAAAAAUAUAACUAUCUUUUUACAAAAAUCCCUAAAA